AUGGCGAAGUCAAUCUUGGCACUGGAGCGGUACCCUCUGCUUUUGCGGCUCCAUCUACAUGCGAACUUCCCUUCGGAGCGCUUUGACUCGUGGAGUGUGGCGAGGAUGAACUCAGCCUUCCGACGAGAGACUUUUCCUCACUGGAGGCUGACGAGCAUGCUCGUGGCUAGCUGGAUGACAGCCACACCAGCGCUAGACAGGAUCAUGGAACAGGAAGAAGAAGCGAUAGUUGCGGCAGAGGUCGAGCGACAUUCCUGGAAAGAGCCAGCGCACCAGACUGAAAAGGAGCUCUCGUAA